UUUCCCGUACCCGUACCCGUGAACAGUGUCGGAGUGUGGCGGUGGUGACUCGUGUCGUGACCUCUACGGGUCGAGUAAAUGCUUGCAGAGAGGACAGAAGGGGACGGCGGACUCUAUAGGCAUAGGACAGAAAACAUGACCACUGAAGACAUGAAUUGUCUCAGGGAAGAGCAGCAUUUGCUCCAAGACGACUUUACUCUAUUCCCGGGCAAAAACACGGCCGUGCAUGUGACUCUAUGGAGCGAUCGGGUGGUGGUGCAGCAUGCUGCGACAAAUGGGAACACAAACGGUCGCAAGGUAGACACGGUGUACCUGGCUGAUGUCGUCGGCUGCAAGUGUGGUCGUGGAAGGAAUUACAGUGAAUCCACUACGGCCAGCAGGCUUUCCCUGACCAGUCUGACAACCAGAAACUCCUCGAAGGACAUGGCUGCCGCUUUUCUAUGCCUGCAUUCUUACCCUUACAAUAAACCGGCUGCCAGUGGUGGUUUCCGGAAGAAACGGGACAUCAUUUUCCGGGUGAACAAAUCCGAUAGUCACGAACAGAAUUUUGAAAUUGCUCAAAAAUGGAGGCUGGCCAUUAUGCUCAUUUUAAGAGGAGUCACUGUCGCAAACGAAGAAGAUAUUUCACCUGCCUGUCUGCCCCCGGCCAGGAAGCUGCUGGUGCUUGUCAACCCGGCCAGCGGACGCCGCAAGGGAGUGCAGAUAUUCAGCAAGCAGGUUGAGCCAGUUUUCAAGAAUGCCGAGUUUGACUACAAGGUGGUUGUCACAAAGAAGCAGUUCCAAGCAAGGGAGAUGGCAGCAUCUUUGGAUCCUGAUGAGUGGCAAGGAAUCAUCGUGGUGGCUGGAGAUGGUCUGGUCUAUGAGGUGCUGAAUGGCAUGAUGAACCACCAAGACCCAUCCUCUGUCCUCAAAGUCCCCAUCGGCAUCAUACCAGCUGGUUCUGGCAAUGCCCUCUAUGCUGCAGUCAUGUCCAAAGUCGGAGAACAAACUGUGAAGCUCCCUGCCCUACACGCUGCUUUUGUGGUCUGCAAGGGAGGCCACCGUCCCAUGGACCUGGUCUCCAUCAACACAAAAAGCCAUCACAUCCAUUCCUUCCUGGCCCUGACCUGGGGAAUCAUCGCUGACAUUGACAUCGAGAGUGAACGCCUCCGCUGGAUGGGCAAGCCCCGCUUCACCAUCGGCACCAUCAUCCGUGUCCUCAACCUGCGGCGCUACCGCGGGAUCCUGUCCUUCCUCCCCGUGGACAACCAAGAGCAGUAUGAGCAUCUCAAGCAGCGGCCUCCAAAGAAUAAGACAAGGCGAGGCUUGCCUCGUCCCCGCAGCACGAUGGAUACGACCCCGGCAGGGUUAGACAUGCCCAGACAGCCCCUGCCCAGAUUCAGGUCCCUGCAUGCCAAUCUGACCGAGGCAGAAGCUGAGAAUGGGCUGGCCUUCUCCGAGGAGUUUAUCACCGAAGAUGGCGAGUUACCCGGCAGUGGCAAGGCGGCUGAAUUGGCCCCACCACAAAGCAACAGUGACAUACCCCCAGCAAACCUUUCAGGUUGUAGUGGAAGUAUAGAGUCGUCUCUUCAAUCGUCGCUCCUUCCACCAAAUGUUAGAGACCCACUCCCUGCCGGAUGGACCACCAUAGAGGGAGAUUUCGUCGGCAUUCUGUUCAACUACAUCUCCCACAUUGCCGAGGAUGUCGAAGCCUGGCCGGGCCGGAAGUUUGAUGAGGGCAUCAUCAGCGUGCAGUAUUUGCAUUUCCCCCAGACCCGCCGGAACAUGGUGCAGUUUGUGGAUGCCAUACAAACAGGGAAGCAUCUGACUCUGCCGUUUACUCAGUCGAUCUUUGUCAAAGCGUUCCGCCUAGUUCCCCGCACCGAAGACGGCAUUAUCACCGUGGACGGCGAAGAAAUUGAGUAUGGUCCAGUUCAGGGCGAAAUUUUGUCCGAUAAGGCGCGUAUUAUUAUUCCAACUAACACAGAACAAAGUGUGCAGUGACCCAGGUACUGCACACAUAGCCUGUACUGUACUUGCUUACCACUGUACAGGAAUAACUGGAGGUAUCACAGCUUGAGAGUAGGUAACAACUUUUUAAAUGCAGAAUACCGCAGCUGUUUUUCAUUCAUGCUACCGUUCAUUCAUGCUACUAGUAAAUACCAGCAUCAGGGCUCGAAAUUAACGGGCGCAGGUAGCUAAAAUGCACCUGCUGGCCUCAGAAAUGCGCCCGUAAAUCAUAAUGACGGGCGCAAGUACCGGUACUUAUGCCCGUUUGAUUCCAUGUACCUGAGCAUAUUUACCGUUUGUUUCUACUUUUGUCAUGAAAAAUACCUGAACUUUUUUACUUCACUUCGGAUCAGCUUUGUACGGAACCAUAACACGGUAAAAUUUUGUUUACGAUGUCACCGAGCGCACGCCGCAGUCUCGCAUGCAAUGCUCGCCGAUACAGGAACACACGCAUACCCGCGGCCAGUGUCACGACUGUAUGGAAACUGGCCCUUCGUGCUUAGACUUCAGUUUCCCUGGUUCCAGUCAUGCUCCAAAAUAGCUGGAACCAGUAAAACCAUAGUCUCAGCCUAAUCCUCCCAUUUCAAAAAUGCUCUAUUGCAGCAGUUAGUUCCCUUUUACGUCUGCAUGCAUGUGCACGUUAGAAAGGCCCGGUGCCCGACUUUUUGCUUAGUGUCGCGAAGGGGCUAUACAAUCUUUGCUCACUACUAAAUUGUACGUCACAUGCAACUCACAAAAAUAACAACUCAAUCAAGGCUUUAUAUCUGCCAAAGUCUAAGCCGUACAGUAGGUUAUCAGUGUCAUGAAUUUAAACAAAAGCAACAGCAAGGACCAGGGUCUUUCCUUUAUCGAACAUAUGUCUCUAAUCUUGUAUUGGGAGCUACUUGCUCCUGUAAAGUGACACAUUCAGCAGCCUAGGGAGCAAGUACUUUCUCCCGUGAUGAUUCGCCCAAUUUCGAGCCCUGAGCAUGGCAUUUUUUUUUUUUUUUUGGUUUCAAAAGCUGAAAUAGCCAGUUUGUAGACCGAAUUUCAUUCUGUAGUUCAGUCUUGCUGUGUAAUAAUUGCUGUGAAAUAAUUAUUCAAUCUGGGCUAUGGCAAAUAAUCUUUAAAUGUCCAGCUUGCACUCCGUGGUACAAGAGAGCUCAAUGAACCCGUGCAAGUUAAUUCUUUACUUCUAAACGUCAUUUGACUAGUCUUUAACGUCACCCCCCAAUAAACGUUUUGUACAACCUUGCUGUGGUGCUCAGUGAGUGCCCAUUAUUCUGAAACCUGAAGCAUAUCGUACAUCUGUGUUUGAUUCUGCUGUAUUGUGGAUGUUCAUCACGAGUAGUGUUGAAUGUUGCUCACAAGACUCAGAUGCUCACUUUCCAUUGGGUCAGCUACUCGUCCCGAACUCAGGAUGCUAUUGAGUCCACAGUUUCCUGCUGAUUAUGGGGCCAGUAAGCCCAGCAAAGGACGCAACAACUUCUGAAGCAGAAAUUGCUGAAAAUGACAUACCAAUUGAACCUUUGGGUACAUGCACACGUACAUCAAUGCUGUGAAAUGUGUCAAAGUUUUGCAAAAUUCUUCUGGGUCAUGGUUGGCACUAGCGUGAAUGCAAACCCAACUUCCCGACGUCAGAUCAUGUGUGAGUGUGUGCUAUGAAUUGCAGAAGUUGAAUACAUUUCAACUUGAGUGCAUUUCACUCCGCUGUUGCGCUCACCUGAAGUAUAAACCGGCCUUCGGCUUGCACAGAUUGUCUGCUCCCCAGUUAGUGCAUCCGCGAGAUCCUGCCCUGGUCGUACACUGGAUGCUCAUCGCUUGCAAGAUUUGUCUCACUAGCGAUACUCGAGUCACAAAACAUCUCUCACAAGACAAAUGAAUACACCCUCACCAGCCUCUUGUAUCUACUAUCACGCUGAUAACCGCACCCCACCCGUAGGCACUUUUUUUCCCUGCUGUGCUCAGAGCAUAUAUGUACAUCUGGAUCGCUGUCAUACCAAAUGAUUACCCCCAGCGUAUUUACCCUCAAGUUGAUUCUUACCGCCAGUUGGACCACUUGUUCGGGCCUGGAAUUUACUCAGCAUAUAACGUUUGCGUCAUUGAUAAACAACACCUAGAGAGAUGUGCUCUAGAGAGAAAUGGUAGGAGACUGUCAUUCUUCCUAUGAUAUUAUGCAUUAUGGUAUUCUCGUUUGGUGUAUUUGGUAUUCUUUAUGUAGUCUGUUUUACUGCAAAAUGAAGCCUGCUCCUCUUGAGUGGAGAGUGAUUGGCAAAACUUCAUGGAGUAGUUUUUCACGCGCUGCAGUCAUGUUGGCAAGGGUUGAAAAGAGAGGGAAAAUUAGAAUUUUAGCACAGUUAGUGUACACGUUCAUGCAUGUAGGCUCGAUGUUAGCUUGACUUUGGACUAGAUUUUGAAAGUGUAGUGCUUGUCUCUAAUGUUUUGAUGCUAAAUAUAGAAGUGCCUUCCUCUUUUUGCUUGGAACCAGUGGAAGGCGCUUUUAUGAAUCCUAGGGAUUCACAGUGUUUUUUACUCUGGAUUUCACUGUUGAUUUCAAGGUGGGUUUUUGGUUUUUACAGUGGGUUCAAGUGUGGAUUUGACAGUGAGUUUCACCGUGGCUUAAAAACAAAGCAACACAAUCGAUUUCUUAGUGGGGGUUCACUGUGUACUUCACCAAUUGGUUUCACGGAUUCGUGAAAACGAGUCUUUGUGUCCUUAGAGAUUUCCUGAGUGAUUUUGUGUGGAAUUACUCAGAUACCAGGUUUAGUAUGAUGUUGACGAUUAACCUUUUUUGAAGAUUUUGACAUGAUAUUUGUAUAUAUCGAAAAAUCUUUGUGACCAGUAACGAAAAAAGGAGAAACUGUCAAACUUUCUUUGCUCUAUUAGAUAAAUUUUAUACACAUGUGCAGUUGUAUUGUGUAGGCUGUAAUGGGGUCUGGAUGUAUGUAUGUAGUUAGAUAUUGAAAUAAAUAUUGGGAAGGUCUAACAGUAUUUAUUAUCGGAAUCUCUAUGCACUAUUUAAGAAAUAAUGUUAUGUGUCCCUCAAGGGAAUUGUGAGAAUUUGUUCAUAAGUAAAGAGACAAGUAUAAUUAUAUUUAUGGGGAAAGAAUACUCCUUUUCAUGUCAUUCAAUUUUUUCAUGGCAGAUAUCUUUGGGCAAGGAUGUUAUCUGCAGUCAUAUGGAAGCAUCUUUACGCACGACCAAUUGCAUAUGGGUGAAACAAAAACAUUCAGGAACCCUCCUGUCCAACCUCCGCUAACAGUAAUCUAUCCGUGCUUCUUGGUAUAGUUGACCAAGUGCAGAAGCACGCCCAGAGUAGUGGCCCGAUGGAGCCCGAGCCUGUGAGAUUGAGGCAGGCUGCCCUGUGCCAGGUCACACACAAAGUCUUUUAAAGUUUCCCGAAAGUGUGCGUCAGGUCAGCAGGAAACAGUGCAUACCAUGCAGUAGGGUCCACAGCACGGAGAGUGCCCUCAGUUAGCAGCCUGUCUGAAGUAUGGCAGACCUGCUAAGAGGACACAUGUGGUAUGGGUACACUCUUUGUACUUAAAAUACCCAAAUUUACCCACUUCGAUUGUCCUUCAGGUGGGCUCUGUCAUGCUUUCUCUGUGGGCUCUUAUACAUGCUCGGCAGAUACAUAAAUCGUCCGGUGCUUAGACAGUCGUGGGGGUGAAGUUUCACGGAGUGCAAAGAGUGCAGAAAUAAGUUGUUUCACACACACAAAAAAACAUGAUUGCCAGUUCAAACUGCUGUGCAGUGGCCGUGGGCGCUGCCAAGGAUUGGUUCAUGGCUGGACCGAUUGCAAUAGCAGCAAAUAUUGCUCAGUAGAUUUUUGUGCUCAGUAAAAACUAAGCGGAAAACUAGUCGAAAGUACAAUUCUUUUGCACAGUAUUUUAGCCAUUGAAACAGUUUCUGCUAAGUACAUACUUUUGUGUGCUCAGCAAAUUUCAGCGCCUCAGCUGAUUUUUUUUGCCAACAAAAAUUUGCUAAGUGCUAGUGUCCAUUAAGCCGUCCACGGCAUUGUGGACCCAUUUAUAAUUCUUUUCGUUAUCAACACCCUGAACAAUCUCAUAUAUGCAUUAAAAAGAUGAGAAUGUAUGUAAAUUAGUUUAUAAUAAGAAAGACUUGGAAAUGUUUAACAUGGCGGGAACUCGGUUGUGGAUUGGGCAUUUUGUUAGAUGAUCAAGUUAUUGAGAAUAUCUAUAUUAGUAAAAUGUGUAAUUCCGUGGGCAUUACUAUAAUUACCUUAAUUCAUCACCAAAUUUAUUUUUAUUGUGAUAUUUUGUCAUAUCUGAAAAACUGUUAGAAAGUACAAAUUUAGUUCCUAGGGUUCUACAGAGGAAAAUAAGACCUUUUUUUUUCUGAUAGUGGAAACAACACCUGUGGAUGAUUUGACUUAAAAUCAAAUGUGAAAUAUUUUAAAGAAAGUAUUUACCAGUUGAACUUCCCACUCAGGUAGUAGAUACAUAAAUGUACCUGUAUGUGCAUCAUAAUUGUACAAGGCAAUUAUUACACUCCAAUAAUGUAUUCUUUGUAAUUCUGCUGUUUGCUUGUAUUUCCAUCCUGAUCCUGUUCAGGCUCAAGUCAGCCUGGUUGUUGGAAACCUGGCAGCCUCUUCGAAGUAAAACAAGUUGUGAUUCAGGUCUAACUUUUAGGCCUCACUGAGAUCCAUGUCAGGUCGGUCAACUGGACUACCUCCGUAAUGCAAAUGGAGGUAGUCCAGUUGAAUAGGUAGUCCAGUUGACUGGCCCCGGUGUGGGGCUAGGUCUCACUCAAACUCGAGUCUGGGAUCAGUGUGUCUCGCAUCGGCUCGUAUUUAAGAUUGUGGUGGACAAGAUUGCUAGAUUGAUUCCUGCUAGGCUUAUGUAUAUAGAUCGAUCCAUUAAGCCCCAUCCCAUUGUUUUCUGACCAAUCACAGUCGACAUGCACAGGCGUGCAUGCGCGUGUGAUGCGCGCUGCUGGAACAUGCCGUGUUGCUUUAGAGAAGAGCACAUGCUAAGUACCCAUGGGCACUGUGGUUGGGGCGUACUGGAUCGGUCUAUUACCUGGACCCCAUGGAAUGGAGUCACUAUUCGCAGAUCAAAUGAUACCGACUUUCAAGAGAUAUUUUAGGUCCAGUAGCCACCACAGUCAUGUUAAAAAUGGAAGGAAUUUUUCCAUUUCUGAAAUGUCUAUAAAUCAGCUGAAAUUUUCGGAACCUGUUUCAUUGAUUUUGUGGUAGUUUUGUCAAUAUUUCGGAAAAGUUGGCCUUCAGAAAAGCUUUCCUUUGCAGACCCCAAAUGUGCAUUACAAUUGAAAAUUUUUUUUUCUUGUGUAUUAUUUUGCAUAUUGAUCUGCGAGUCCACUGUUCCACAACUUUAAUUAUGUUUAAUAUUUGUGUGCACUGCACCUAACAAUAGAUGGGGGCAUCCUAAGCAUUACAUAAUAUUCUAUUUUCAUAACAAUAUCAGCUACCUGUCUCAAUUAUUGAUACAGCAGGGAACCAGCCAAGGCACUCUAGAGCAGAAAAGUACAGGUUGGCAAAAUUAAUAGCAGAUUUAUGUUCUACGCAACCCCCCCCCGGAACCAGUGACUGAAACUAUUGCUGGUAAUCUGCAUUCUGUGCUCAGUUGAUCUUUUGACAUUGGUCCCACACCUGCUGAUCAUGAAGUAGCCCCCUAACAGUUGCCAUUUCAAUCCUUUUUGCUGUAAUCAUGUGAUGAGUACCGGUAGUUGUAGUUCUCUAUCAGCAGAUCCAUUCCAUUGUUUAAAAAAAUU